AUGAAAGAAGGCGAUCAUGGUGUUUUCGCGAUUCCAAAUCAACCGAUGGUGGCUGUUUCUCCUAGUGCAGCUUACUUGUCACCGGCCAUGGGUGUUCCCACGCCAUCACCAUUCUCGUUUUCAGUUACUUCUACAAGAUGGAGUACUUCAUCUAGACCUUCCAUUCAUCAUACAAGUCUUUUCCUUCGAGCCGUGGUGUUGGUUUUCUCGUUUGGUUCUUCUCUAGCAUUAGCGACCACUAUGUCUAAUAACCAUCCACAUCAAUAUAACCAAAGCUUCCAAAACUACCCAGAAUUCGUAUACAACUUUGUGAUUACCACUUUGGUUUUUGUCUACUCUGCAUAUCAACUCUUCAAAGGCGUUAGUGACAUUGCGUUUAGAGGCAUAUUUAUAUCGGACAAGACUUCAGACUACAUCAACUUCAUUCUUGAUCAGUUGGCAGGAUACCUUCUUGUUUCAUGCUCGUCAGUGACAUCGUCAGCGAUCCAUAGACAGUUGGACAGGAUUCCAUCACUAAAGAAUGCGGCAAUCGUUUCUGUUUCCAUGUCUAUGGUUGCGCUGUUAGCAACGGCAGCUUGCGCAAUUCUCUCUGGGUACAAGCUGAGCAAAAGAAUUAUGUGGUGA